GUGGCCCGGACUCUCAUUAAUUACAAGCGAGGUGUAUCCCUUAUCAUAUUCUAGCACUGACAAUGUGAUCUACAAAAGGCGUUGCAAUAUCAAAAUUCUAGUAUGACUGAAAUCAGUGACUUGGACAGGCAAAUAGAGCAGCUAAGACGAUGUGAAAUCAUCAAAGAAAGUGAAGUAAAAUCACUAUGUGCUAAAGCCAGAGAAAUCCUGGUCGAGGAGAGUAACGUCCAGAGGGUCGACUCUCCAGUCACAGUAUGUGGCGAUAUUCAUGGCCAGUUUUAUGACCUCAAUGAAUUAUUCAAAGUUGGUGGGGAUGUCCCAGACACAAAUUACCUGUUUAUGGGUGAUUUUGUGGACAGAGGAUUCUACAGUGUGGAGACAUUUCUUUUACUUCUAGCAUUAAAGGUACGCUAUCCAGACCGAAUAACUUUGAUCCGUGGGAAUCAUGAGAGUCGACAAAUCACACAGGUGUAUGGAUUCUAUGAUGAGUGUUUAAGGAAAUACGGCUCAAUCACUGUGUGGAGAUACUGUACAGAGAUCUUUGAUUAUCUAAGCUUAUCAGCAAUAAUAGAUGGAAAGAUAUUCUGUGUACACGGCGGUUUGUCACCAUCUAUCCAAACUCUUGACCAAAUACGAUCAAUAGACAGGAAACAGGAAGUUCCUCAUGAUGGACCCAUGUGUGACCUACUAUGGUCCGAUCCUGAAGAUAUGCAAGGUUGGGGAGUUAGUCCUAGAGGAGCUGGUUACCUGUUUGGAUCAGAUGUUGUGGCACAAUUCAAUGCUGCGAAUGACAUUGACCUCAUAUGUCGGGCUCAUCAAUUAGUAAUGGAAGGCUAUAAAUGGCACUUCAAUGAAACAGUUCUUACAGUAUGGUCUGCGCCAAAUUAUUGUUAUAGGUGUGGUAAUGUAGCAGCAAUAUUAGAAUUAGAUGAACAUUUGCAAAGAGAUUUCACAAUAUUUGAAGCAGCGCCACAAGAAUCAAGGGGUAUUCCAUCCAAAAAGCCACAACCAGACUACUUCUUAUGAGGACAUUAGGACUAGAUUUUACAGUAAUAAGGGGCCACAAACUGUCACAGACACAGAGAUAUGGAUGUUUACCUAGCUAAGAAAGUGAAUUUUAAUAAACAGAAGAGAAAAAAUCCUAUUUUGGAAAGACAGAUUUUUCAAAAUCAUACAAUUUGUGUGACUUGUUAAAAAUGUAAUGUGUAAUGAAAUUCAGUAACUUGAGGGGAAAAAUGAUGUAUGCUGUUCUCCAGGAGCAUGAAUCAUCCUAAGAAUGGAGCAGUUUGUGAACUGUUGUACUUGACCGAGUGAUAUGUAUAUCUCCCAAUGUCAAAACCACUUCAGUGCAGGUCUGAUUCAUUUAGGGAUUAGUAGAGAAACCAUAGGCUCCUGACUAAUAAUAAGAUAAUGUAAAUAUUACAGUUUUGUAUACAUAAUAUUCAACCUAUUUUCUUAUGUGUCAGGAACCCACUCAUAAACUGAUUUAGUUUUCAGGAGACCAGUUCUCUCAUGGUACUCUUACUAUUGUGUGGAAUAGAUGUGUACAGAGUACAUACCUAUUUAUUGUAAUGACCGGAGAUCACAGCAUUAUUUGUUAAAUAAAUAUGUAAAUAACUGAAAAAGAUUGUCUCAAUUGCAAUUUGGAAAUAACUAUUGUGAGGCUACAAAACAUACUGUUCAGUUAUUCAGUAUUUAAGAGAUGGGAAUCCUUGUUCGUUCUUGUGAUUUUCAUGCUUUUAAAGUGUGUUUUUUUUCUACUGAAAUAGGAAAUCUAUUAUCAAAUUUUAAUUUCAUCUCAAAGCAUCCCUUUCUAUUAGUAGCUGUUAUCAACUAGUUCCUAAGUCAUCACUAGAUUUAGUGUUAUCACAAACCUGUAUGGUUAACUUAUGUGGACAAACCAAUCAACUCUAUUUGAAUUUAAUGUCCAAGACAUAAAUCUUGAUGGCAUGCAGGCAUUGAUACAGGCCUUGAACAUUUUCUUUAAUGUUCAUCUGUUUAUAUGUAUCAUUCUUUUGCAUAAACAUGACCUCUUGUUUCAUACCAAGUUUGACUGAUUGAAAAUAAAAAAUCUUGUUGAAAUCAAAAUAAGAUUAAUAGGCCCAUCCAUAUUUCAUAAACAAACAACUCUGGUCAAACCAAACUGUUUUUGAUCACAAUGUAAGGAUCUCUUUGCCCUGACAUUGAUAAAGCAGUACUUUCCUGACCAAAGUUAUUGCAGUGUAUUACUACAUAAUGAAAAGGUCAUAUAUAGUCCAGUCUCAUUUUCUAGCCUCAAAUAAUCUGGUUGUCGUCUUCAUUAUAGGGGAUUAAUUAGUAACCUCUCAAUGAAUUUCAGUAGGUGGGGAUUGAAGUGCCUGGAUUAUCAAAUAUCUAAAAUAAAAUUGAAGAAAGUCUGAUACAGUUCGGACUUAAACCAGUGCUAUCUUGAUGUAUUGAGGGUGAUAAAUUAUAUCUCAAGCAAAAAUACUCAUGAAAAAAAUUACAUAUUGAUAAAAAAAAGAGAGGAGUUUUUGAUAGAAAUUUGAUAUUUUGCAAGUAUUUAAAUUGAAAAGGAAUCCUUUCAGUCGAAAUAGAACAAGCAUUUCUGUUCCUUCAGAUUAAUGAGUGCUAGAGUUAUUAUUUUUUAGAUCCAUAUGAUUUUAUGAGCUUUAAUCAACAGGGUAUCUUAAUUUUCUGGCACUAUCAGAAAUUGUGCAAUUUUCACUAAAUUGGGAAGAAGUUAAUUUUCAAACCUAACUUUCGUUGCCAGUAAAUUUGAUAUUUGCACAUAUUAUUGUGUGCAAUGGCCUAUUUUGUAAUGAAUUGAAAAUCAAACAUUUGAUAAUUGAUUGCUCUCAUGAUCAGUUGAAAUAAAAAAAAUUGUAAAUCCAUGACUGAAGAAUGGAUUUAUGCCUGUACAGUGUAUAGUCAACUACAUUGUAUCUAACUUUAUCGUAAUCAUGAUGUUAGAUGUAUGGUAUGUAUUGUACAGUUGGGUUUAGACUGUUGUUCUUUGUAGAUAUGAAUGUUUGUACAGGAAAACCACUACCCAUGUACAAUUGGUUCCAAAGGUGGGAUGUUUUAUAAGUUUUUUGACAUCAGGUUCUCGAUAGAAAUGACUAAGAUAUGUCUAGUACAGCACAGUACUUUAUAUUUAAAAAAAAAUGCAACCAACAUUUGCUAGUGUUUUGGGAGUAAAUUAAACACUAAGCUUUCAGUGAUGUAAGUGAGGAUAACAAUAAUCUUGUGUCUCACUUGGAAAGUCAACGACUCCAAAGGGAAUCACUGUUUACAUGCUACCAUAAACAUAGCGUUUUGAAUUAUCUAGUGUUCAAUUUUAUCUUUCUCAUUGCAAUGUAUCUUGUACUUUAAAGAUCGCCAUUGAUCUGACAGGUAUUUUACAGGUGAUUUUGUUAACACUUUUAGAUUAAAAGUAAAUGUCUCUGUAAGGUAGCAUAUAUGUGUAUACAAAAGCAUUCAUACAGCUAUUGUCUGGAUCACAGUUCCUUGGUUCUUCCCUUCAUAGAUAUCAAACAUUUCUGGGUACUGUAUUGUAACUGUUAGUACAUGGACUACAUGUAUGGGUCUCCUAUCUAACUUCCCUUUAUUUAUUACUGUCAAUGAAAUGUCUGGAAAGAAAAAAAUGUUAAUAUUCACAGCAGAAGUAAAUGGUGAUCUCAUGCAAUAUGAUUCUCACCAGUCUUGCCCUUCUCAUAUGUAGUUGAUAAAUUUGGAAUAGUUUUUAUUCUUAUCUAAGAAGAAAGAUUGUAAUCAAUGUCAAGAUAGCAAUAAUAUAAAACAUUACAGACAGCAUGUGAUGGUCAGUUCAAGGAACUAUGUGAACCAUGUCUUAAGGUGAUUCAUCUAACUCAAAUUUACCCAUUCUUAAGCCAUAACUCUGUUGUGUUCCAGUGAAUUAUCUUCAGUCUUGGUUGUAUUUUAUUUUCAUUUUGAUGUGAUUAUUUUUAACAGGUUCAUGUCUUUUUCCAUCGAUUACCAGUCCUUUUAUACCUACCGCCUAUCAGUCAUUUUAUCUUGCCUGUCUGUCAUCUUCAUGUGUUGUUCUUACAUUGGAGAGGAAAUCUGUGUAUACAUAUUUGUAAAUGUGUAGAUAAAAUGAGAUUUGCAAGAGAAUUCAUGUUAAAAUCACUUGCUAAUUCUAUAGUGAAGAAAUGUACAUUGCUGAAUUUUCAAAAAAGGGUACAAUGAAUUGUGUAAAACAUUUUAGUCUGCAGACCUUUUUCUUGAGUGGUGAUGAUGAGCAUAUUUAUAAUCAUCAUGAUUUGCCCUUUGAACAUGUGUACAGAUACACUUUAUUCAUUUCAUGUACAGUUAAAUCAUUAUGUCUUAAAUGUUAUACUGAGGUAUUCAAUGCUAUGGGAACACCUUGGUUAUUUGACUCUGAAGUGAUUACUUGUUAAAACACUUCAAAUACAUCACCAAGUGGUAGCUCUCAUUUCUUUAUAAUUUCCCCCUCACAAUAUUUGUCGUUUUUAAAAUAAAUUAUUUUUGAAAAAAAAAACCCAAAUAAG